AUGCGAGUCCUCACUCUUCUUCUCUAUACUACCACCGUACUCGCUGGCCUCCAAGGUCCAGUCUACCCAGCACCUAGAGAUCUCAGCAGUCGGUCCAGUCUGGUGGCAGCCACCUGGAAAAAUGUCACAACGGCUCUAGAGCAAACCUUCAAAGGUGGUGGACUCGGCGAAGAAACAGCCGUCCUGCUCAAACACACCACCUUCUCUGCGGGCAUGUUCUCGCUGCAUGAUCGAGGCGCCCAGUCCUUGCAGUAUCACCACACAGCUGCGUCCAGCCUCAAUGGCUCGGUGGGCGUUAAGAAGGUCGACGCAGACAGCAUCUACCGCAUUGCGAGCGUCUCCAAGCUCUUCACUGUCUAUGCGGGCAUGAUAGAGCUGGACGAAAAGGACUGGGAUAGGCCCCUGACCGAUAUCUUCCCGCCCUUCAAGCAGUUCGUCGAAAAGGCGGCCAAGGGAUUCGACCCCGUGCACGAUGUGCAGUGGGACAAAAUCACUGUUGGCGAUAUCGCGGCUCACAUUGGUGGUCUCCCCCGCGGUGGUAUUCCAUUUGACGGGGACUUACUAGUCCAAGCCGUCCAAUCUCACUCUAUACCGAAGCGCUGGGGUCUGCCAUCACUCAACCUGACCAAGGAAUUGGCACGGUAUCCCUGUGCCGAGUACGAAGACAUGGAGAAAUGCACGGCGCUCCAAUAUGCCCAGGGUACGGCUGCCAACCCGCCUGUCUAUGCCCCCGGAACUAGCCCCAUCUACUCCAACAACGGCUUCAUCCUUCUCGGCCACACCUUAUCCAAACUUAGCGGGAAAUCCCUAGACGACUUGUACCACGACACCAUCUUCAAGCCUCUGGGCUUGAAGGACACCCUAUCCAAUGCGCCAACCGACCCCGCGGUUCUCAAACGCUCCGUGGUCGCCGGCGAUCCCGCCGCAAGUUUUGCCAUCAAAUCAGGCAUCACCAAGUCCUCGGGCGGCCUCUUCUCGACCAUCAACGACCUAGCCAAGGUUGGCACCAGCAUCCUCAAUUCCACCCUCCUCCCUGCCGACAAGACCCGCCGCUGGAUGAAACCUGUUUCCUUUACCUCAGACCUGCGCUAUGCUGCCGGCCGCCCGUGGGAAAUCUACCGCCACGUACACCCCUCGGGCGUGGUAACAGACAUCUACACAAAACUAGGAGACUCGGGCUACUACACCGGCUUGCUAGCACUGCUACCAGACUUCGGAGUGGGAUUUUCCAUCCUCGGCGCCAGUCCCCACGCAACCCGCUCAGCCGCCGUGCAGCUAGUCGCCGAUCUCAUCGCCGACACCGUGAUACCCGCGCUGAUGGAUCAAGCCAAGAACGAGGCCCUCGAUAACUUCGCGGGUACCUACGCCCCCAAGGACAAGCGCUUCAACACUACUCUGACGCUGUCUGUCCCCACAUCCGCCAAGUCGCCGCCCGGCCUCGUCGUCUCGCAGUGGAUCAGUGACGGCGCCGACCUGACUGCCCUGCUCCCCAAGGGACUAAUGGAAACUUCUGGGAUCCGGCUCGUGCCGACGAUCCAGGACGGUGCGGGCUCGGGCCAGGUUGCGUUCCGCGCGGCGACACUCAACAAACCUGGGCCUAUUUCGGGUCACUUGUUUUCUAAGCUGUAUGAUGUCGAGGACUGGACGAGUACUUUGGAUAUGUUGACGUAUGGCGGGUUGGAUCUCGCGGAAUUUGUGUUCCAUGUUGAUAGGAAGACGGGUAAGGCGGAUGCUGUGACGCCGAGUGCGUACAGAGCUAAGCUAGGGCGCAGGAAGUGA